GCCGCUGGUGGGGAACCUGAACCCCGAUUACAGAUAUAAAAGUCAGCAGAUGUUCAGUGGCCACAAUCAACUGAGCUGUUCAUACCUUUUGUGGACCACAAUGGAAUGAACAGGUGGAAUUCGCUUUAUGAACAUUCUGAUCCUGGGUGGCAAAGCUCGGUAUUUAUUAUUCACCUGCGAGAUGUGAUCACCUCUGACCAAGUUGAUGUUUCUUGCCAAUCUUCAAUUGCCCUGGCAGCAAGCGACCAUGAGCCAUAGUCCUCAGUAAAAGGACACACACCAGGCCUUGACUUGAGUUUUUGUACUUGGAUCCUGAUCUUUGCGUUUCUGGGAUGGGAUUUUGGGCGAUUUGGAGGUGGUGAGAUGUCUGUCUGGCUGCUGUCCAGUUCUCCGUGGUGGUACAAAUCGUGGCUUGGGAGAUGUUGCAGGGGAGUCUGUAAGAGCAUGUUGUGAACUCGAGGGCAUGAGUCUAGAGGGCAAAGAUAGGAACCUAAGGGGCCUUUUUUUCCCACUCACAGGAUGGUACGUACAUGGAACGAGCUUCUAGGGGAAGUGGUUGAUGCAGGUACAAUAACAUUGAAAAUAUAUCUGGGAAGGUAAAUGGUUGGAGGGUUAUGGGUUAAUAAUGGGCAAAUGGGACCUGCUUGGAUGGCACCUUGGUGGCAUGGAUUAGAUGGGCUGAAGGGCGUGUUUCCUUGUGUGAUUGUAUGACUCGGUGACCUGGGAGGUUCCGUUGAAGAAGCCUUUUAUUCCGGUAGUGCACUUUAUAGAUGAACACCACAGGCACAAAGCGUUGAUUCGGGGAGGAGAAUGUGUAAUGGAUAGUCUCAACUAACCUUGCUGCUAGAUCCUGGAUAUUCCCAUUUUUCUUUUGUGGGUGAGGAGGGGUGAAAUCAGGCUGACCUGCUGCAUAUGUCUUCCUGCUCUGCUUAUGGCAACUACUAUGUUUGUUUGUAUGUGUUCCCGCUCUCUAGCCGUGACCAUCCACCCAUUGACCAGUUGACCUUGUUUGCUGCACAUUCUUCUCCCCUCUCCAUCCCCUGUCCAAGAGCCCCACCCUCCUCACAGCUCUGAGGUUCUGUUGUCCCAUUCCCACAUCUGACCAGGGGUCUUUGACGUGAAAUGUGGGUUCUAUUUCUCUUCCAACACAUGCGGCCGGAUCUGCUGCUUGAUUCUCUGCCUCAGAGGGCGGUGGAGACAGGUUCUCUGGAUGCUUUCAAGAGAGAGCUAGAUAGGGCUCUUAAAAAUAGCGGAGUCAGGGGAUAUGGGGAGAAGGCAGGAACGGGGUACUUAUUGGGGAUGAUCAGCCAUGAUCACAUUGAAUGGUGGUGCUGGCUCGAAGGGCCAAAUGGCCUACUCCUGCACCUAUUGUCUAUUGCUGUGUUUUCUCCAGUGUUUUCUGUUUUUAUUUCUGUUCGCCAUGGAAUUAUAUUGAUUUUUGCCUUUAAAGAUAGAAGAGUCUGACAUUCUGGUGGCUGCUUUUGAUCGGGAUUUGCCUGAAUCAACCACAUACGAUAACACAUACAUCCGGCAUGAUCAGACCUUAGUCCAACCAGUAGAUUUUCUGAGCCAUUUUAAAUUCUGGAUUUUUGGCGUUUUACUGAAUUCUUCAACAGGUCAGAGACCUCCCUGAUAUCCCCAGAGCCCCUUUUUUUUUUGCAGCAGCAGCAAAAGGCCUGGAUGGAUUGCAGACGGAUUCAUCAAGAUGCAUGGAAAGGUUCCACCACUGGAGCGAAACAUCAAGGAAACAUUGUCACGUAUCUCGAUGACUCUGACUGCAACCCAUCCAGGCCAGGCAGCCAUAUCUCCUUGUCUACCAUCUUAAACUCCUGCUUCCUCCACUCUGUACAGCCUGCAGAAUAUAAUACAGCAACAGCAGCCCCCAAAUCUGUGCUGCUUCAUGUAUGGAAGCAGAGGGGAUGUGAAAAUUCCCCGACCACUUCAUCUGUGUUGAAAAUGUAACACCACAGUAAAACUUUUUAUUGGACUAUUUGGAAACCUGAUCCAGGUGAUGUUUUUUUCAGGCUCUUUUAACUAGCUGGGUUCAGAGGCAAAUUUUAUUGUAAAGCUGCAUGCCUUUUUUUUAGAUUGAAUUAAAAAUAUGUUGAAUGUUAAUCCCUUUUCCUCAAUAAUCCCCAGGAAAAACUGCCUGUCUGGUGGCACCCAGUGGGCUGAAUUAUCAACUCGUACUCGGUGCCCCAACCAAAGAAGGCAAGCAUAUCGCAAUGCCUUCUUCACUUUCUAUCUACUUGUGUUGCCACCUUUGGGAAGUUGUGAACUUGGACCCCAAGAUCUCUCUGUACAUCAAUGCUGAUAAGGAUCUUGCCACUAAUUACAUAUUUUCCACUUUCAUUUGACCUCGCACUUGCUCGGACUAUACUUCAUCUGCCAUUUCUGUAGCUGAUCUAUAUCCCACAUAUACUGUGACAGCAUUCCUCACAGUCUGUGACCCCAGCAAUCUGGGGGUUACUCCAAACUUGCCAACCAACCCAUCUACUUUUACAUUCAAGUAAUUUAAUUACAUGACAUAUACAGACCCCUGGUCACAGAACUGCGGCCUGAACAUUAUCCCUUCAUCUAUUUCUUCUAUCAGUAAACCAGUUCUGAAUCCAUGCAGCCAUGUCACUGUUAAUUCCGUGCAUCUUAUUCUAGAUCAUCCAACCAUUGGAGACUUUAUCAACUGUGUUGUUAAAAUCCUCGGAGACAACAUCCAGUGCUGCAUCCUCAUCAAUCACCUUCAUUACCUCCUUUUAAAAGAAACUUGAUCAAGUUAAUAGAACACUAAUUAAUUUGGAUUUGAACAUGUUAAUUUGGCUCUCUGGAGGCUUUUGUAUUAUUUGGAAUUAGAAAGCGAUGGUGUUUAAAAAAGUGUACAUGAAAUUAGUUUUUAGGUGUAGCUUGUUUUCCACGUUUCAUAAGAUCAUAAGAGGAGUUGAAUUAGGCCAUUCGGCCCAUCAGGUCUACUCUGCCAUUCAAGCAUGGCUGAUCUAUCUCUCCCUCCUAACCCCAAUUCUCCUGCCUUCUCCCCAUAACUUCUGACACACGUACUAAUCAAGAAUCUAUCUCUUAAAUAUAUCCACUGAAAUUGCCUCCACAGCCUCUAUGCAAUGAAUUCCAGAUUCACCACUAAAGAAAUUCUUUCUCAUCUCCUUCCUAAAAGAACGUCCUUUAAUUCUGAGAGAAUCGAAAUUUAUCUUUAAGGGUUAUCAUUUAAUCAGUGCCUGCCUGCGUCUGGUGAAAAGAUUGUUGAUCUGAAAUGUGAAUGAAAUUCAAAAAAGGUGCAGAUGCUGAAAAUCUGAUUUUUAAAAACUGAGUGUUGGGAAUGUGCAGCAGCAUCUGUAGAAAGGGAAAUGGUUGACACAAAGUUUUAACCCUGGUUCUCUCCCGCAAAUGCUGCCUGACCUGAGUGUUUACAGUAUUUUCUAUUUUUGGUUUAGACCUGAACUCUCAGCAAUUGUUGGCUGACCUGUUGAGUAUUUUCUUAUAAGGAUUCAAUUUGUCUGCUUGCAAUUGAUGCUGAACAGGUUGUAUGCCUACACCUUGCACAUUACUGAAUUGGGGUAGAGGGGUCGUCCCUGGUGUUGCUGUUGCAUGUUGCAAAAGCAAACCUUGGGGACGAGCUCAAUACAGAUCUGAGUGGCUUUCUCCAAACUGAUCAUCUUCUUCCCACCUCCAUUCCCCAGUUCUGGUCCUUGCCUGAUAUCUAUUGGAGGAUUGUAUUUGAAGAACCGUCCAUUCUACUGCAAGAUGGCACUGAAGCACCAGGCUUGGCUCAGUGGGUAGCAGGUAUUUGGAACUCGGCCUUGGAAAUCUGUGGGUUCAGGUCGCAGUAUCUCAAGCAGUGCGGUAAUUAUCUAGAGAUCUGGUGUUGCUGUUUUAAAUGAGUGCCUAAAACAUCUACGAGUUGUAAACCUCAGCCCCCUCUGUUCUGCCUCCCCACAUCCUCAAAGUCUGCGCCCAGCUACUGGAGUCAUGCUUUCAGCUAUUGUAGGCGGAGGUGUGAGCAGAGGGCAGCAGCUGCCCACGUCCGACGCUGCCUCGUUUCUCCUGGCACAAGAGCUGUACAUAAGACUUCGGAGCAGGAGAGUGACCAGAAUGCCUGUCCAUAACAGGCCAUUGCAGCCACAAGGUAUCUCACCGCUCCAUGGGCAUGUUGAGCGGGAUCGGCAGGCAUCCCUGUCGGAGGCUGCUUUCCGUCUCCUUCCCCAGGACCUUCAGUGUAAGAGGGUGACCCGGACCUCGGUCCAGUGCAAGCCCCUUGACCCAGCACCCGCAGCCCGAACCCACAGCCUCAAGUCCAGCGGGCGGACAGUCCGCAAACUGAACUACCGCAGGGUAGCGAAUGUCGGGCUAGUCGGAUCACCAGUCAACGGGAACAGCAGACACAAUCUCAAACCCAGGAAGAGCGAGCUGCUGGCCGAGGGCGAAGGAAGACCGGAGUCUCGUGUUAACCGCAGGAAGCAAGCGAGUGCAAAGUUAUCCAGGGAAUUUGGAUUGGAGCAGAGGAAGAGAGCAGGGGCAGUGGGGAAGAACCACUCUCUAGUUCGGCAGAGCAGGCCACAAUCAGUUGGGAAUCCAGGCAGUAACCAGGCUGAAGGUGAAGUGGGACCUGAGACCUGGUUGUCGGCCAUCAGUGAUGUCACGCUGAAGGUGGAGUUUCCGGAAGACCACAUUCAGCCCCAUGUGCAUCCUGCUGGCUUAAGUGGUGAAGAUGACUCGAACUGCAGAACUACCCCAUGGAUCAGUGAGAGAGCAGAAGAUCACAGUGUGAUGGAUGACUGUGGGGGAGGAUUCCCUGCUGCUAACGUUUGUUGUGAAACAAGAUACAACUCUCUGCUGUGCAGCCGUGGGCCACAGUCGGCCAGCAGUCAGUAUUUGUUUACAGCGUUGGCCACUGAAAUGUGCACAGAAAAUGGAGCCAAUAGCGCUACGUCGGAAGAAAACACCCGACCCAAGGUUCUGCAGUGUGAUGCUCCAGCAAUGCAUGUCAGGGCAGAGAAGGCCCACAGGGUAGCUACAGAAGGCAAGAGUACAGUGGAGGCACUUGGCUGGAGUGAACUGAUUGUGGUACCUCUCCACAAAGCAGCCUCUGAGAUUGAUUCCGUUCACCAAGUGCCUUUAAAAGGUAUAGUGACCAGUGAUGUGCCCGACUGGAUUCCUUCAGCUGCCAUAGCAACCAACCAGUCGAUUAUAGGGAAUGACGUGCCUGAUGAAGUGCUUGCUGGUAGUGGAACUGUCAUUCGGACUCUGGAGCAGAAUGGUUUGAUUCCAAGUAAGUCGACUACUGAAAUACCUAUGGAGGGCAAGGUGACCAGCGAUGUUCAUGCUGGUUGGUUGCCCAGCGAGGAGGCAGUGGAAGGCAAAGUGAUUAAUCCGUGUGGGACUUGUGCUGUACAGGGAAAAGACCAGCUGGCUGAUCAAUCAAUAAGUGCCUCAACCAGUGCGGUGGCUGCAGACGAUGUGGUGCCCAAAGUAGAACUGUUGAGAGUCACAAUGACCAAUGCUACUGCCAAUGGUGCGUUGAUUGAGGCAUCUUCAGAUAAUACAGAAACCAGGGCGAAUGAAGUAAUCACAGCCUUUCCUGCUGAAGACGUGAGAUACAGGGAGAGACUUGAUGGGAAUCACUUGGCCUCUGUGGUGCACGCAAGAGAAGAAACUACUACAGAAUUUCCAUCCUUUGAACUCCCAACACAAGAUAAGCUGAUUAAUGUAACCAUACGUACUGUGUCCACUUGCUUGACUACUAAAGAUAUUAUCAAACCCAUCCACUUGGGACUUGUAACAAGCACAUGUGCUGUCCUAGAGAGUGCAAUGCCAGAGGUCUCCCCUUAUGUAUCUGUGGAUAUGACUGGGGAGAGUGAGCUACCCAGUGAAAAGGCAUUGACUAAGAUGCUGUUUGAAAAGACUGUGUUGGUUGAUAUCACUGAAGGUGCCAGUAGAGAACUUUCUGCAGGAGUUAAGCUAACCACGGGAGUGUUGUAUGAUUUGGCAACCGAGGGGGCACUAAUGGAGGAUGAGUUGGUUGAUAUACCUACAGAUGUCACUACUGUUGCCAUGGACUUUUAUACUGGAGGCGAUCCAGCUGUGGAAAGAUGUGGGGGAGAGGAUGAAGCACCUGCGGGCAGUUCGCUGCCUGGGAAUGAACGUGCGUGUGAAAGUGUACUGCCCGACAUGCUGUUGGAUGGCGAGUUAGUCGAUAUACCUACAGAUGUGGUAAGCAAUUAUUUGCCUGGCGAGGAGGGAGUGGCCUACAACAUGGAGCCUUCAGAAGGUGCAACAGCCAACGGGGAGAUGACAGAGAAUGGAUUGCUAGCACUAUAUCCAGAUACCAUCAACAGAAUCUGUGGAUCAACAAAAGCAGUGCAUUCCUCUGCAAUGUCAACCAGUUGUGUUGUGUUUUCACCAGGAUCUCUGACACGUCCGGCGGACAAUAAGGUCUGCAUGGUUCCUGCGGAGGGUGUGAUGUGUGAUAAUAGCUUCACUGAGGAGAAGAGGUUGGUGAGGCCACCACAUGAGACAAAGGGACUGGUCACAGCAGGGCUGACCGAUGAUACUGAAAGUGAGCUUACAGCAGCAACAAAUCUACCCGGAAAAAGGGCUAAAAACGUGGUGGAAUGCAAGAAGGAAACCUGUAGUAUUAAGAUCAUCCAAAUUAAGGAAUGUGGAACAUUAACCGUCAACAGACCAAAUGUGUGUGCCCGCAAUGAAAGUGAUGCAAUGUGUUGUGAAGUUAAUGGCCAUCGAGCUGUCGAGCCCUGUCACUGUGAGUCUGAGCCUGGUGUGUUGACAGUUACCGAGUACAGUUGGGAGCAGGAGGCAAGCUGUGUGGCAGAUGCACGGGAUGAGCAGAGACCGGAUGGCAGGGCUGAGCUUGGAUCCGUGAUGGCCAGUGAAGCUGAAGCUGCCUGCUCUGCCAAGAGGAAGGUAUCCAGCUGUAAAAACAAGAGGAAGGGUAUUGCCAGGUUAAAAAGGAGGAAAUUAAACCGCCCAGUGCUCUUCUCAAAUUGUACUCCGAAUGUGCCCAGACUGGAGCAGUCCUGUCUGAACAGGACUUCAGCACGUGUGGAGUUCUGCAACAGAGGGAGUAACAGCAUCAGUUCAGAGUUGGGCCACACAGUGCAACAUGUGGAAGAAAUAAAACCAAAGAAUCUGUCUCUCCUACCACUUAAUGAUUUAGCACAUCACAAACACUGCAAAAAGUCCCUGCUAUUGGAACAGUUAUCGGCCAUUGCCAAUGGCCUGCGUGUGCUCUCCAACGGCGCAGGAAUGCAACAAGAACUCCGUGCGACACCCAAACAUGUGUCAGUGGGCCUGUGUAGAAGGUUUCAUCAAACAAAAAUAAUUAAGGGUCUACGGAUUUGCCUCAGUAGUGAACUAGCAAGCUCCUGUGGUGUGAUUUGUCACUUACUGCCCCAGAGGAAAGAUCAGACCAUCGGUGCUCAUGCUUGUAGCAAACUGCAGCCUUUACUUCCCUCCAGAAGCAGGAAGCAGACGGACCAUUUUGGCUCUCCUGUUUUGCCCAAUCUCGACCUGAUUUUGCUGCUUUCUUUCAUCAGUGACGGUGGGAGAGUUGAUCAGCACUGUGGGUCUGAAAGGACAAACGUCUCGAUUAUUCCUCGCCGCUCGCGGUGGCUCUCCCGAUGCCAGGCCAACCGUGGCCAGGCCCUUUGGUCGCCUGCUUCGCUGCACACUGUUCUUGCACUUUCAUCUCCAGCCUGCUACAGGCUGUGGACACGGCAGCACAAUGGUGGGAGGGUGUCAAAGGCCCAGUGGCCACUCUUGACUCUAUUUGGAGAGGAUUUGAAGAGACUUAUUCCCCCUGUCCCAUCGGACAGACCUAUUUGGCCACCGUCCUGUAAAUUGGCCAGAGUGGUGUCACGGUGCAGCCAGCACAUCCCAUCUUCCUGCACAUCAACAUCCAUUAGCCUUUCGAACAACUGGCGGUGCAAUCUAUUGGCAGAUACUCCCAGUUACCUUCCGCCCUGUUUUCUCACUGGGAAUGGAGCUAGUUUGAAUGAAGCCAAGUCACUGCUACUUCAACAGACCAAGACGAGAAGUAAUCUACAGCACCUGAGCUUUGCCUGCAUCGUCGAGCCCUUUCUUACUUUGUCGGACCCACCUACCUCAACUGCAGAAUGCACUGUUGCUGAGAGCUCGUACCCCUCUGCCUCAUCACCCAUCCCCAGCAUCACCUACGUGAAAACUCAACUACACACCCAGAAAAAAGAGGACACUGCGUCCGCUAACAAGCUGGUCGGCAAAUCGAAUGGAUCGUUGAGAAAGGUGUCCCAGAUCCGAAUCCGAAAAACCAUUCCCAAGCAGGACACCAACCUCACGCCCAUGGGCCUGCCCAAAGCCAAGCGAUUAAAGAAAAAAGAAUUCAGUUUGGAGGAGAUAUACACUAACCAGAAUUACAAGUCACCAUCUGCACACAGCAAGUACCUGGAGACUAUCUUCGAAGAGCCUGUCCUGAAGAAGGGGUCCUUCGUCUGCACCAGCCUCCAGAAACGCAAGCGCCUGUUGGAGUUCCAGGACUACACGCUUCCACGCAAGAGGCGAGCGCAUGCCCACGUGAAGGUUCAGAGCCGGACCCGAGGCAGGAAGGCCAGUACACGGGAGGAGAACAUAGACUCGCUACUUGUCCAAAAACUGACUGAGUUGGAAGCCUUCCUGGCCGGAGAGGAUACAGGCCACUGAUAUACGUGACUAGGGCUGCGUUGCCAGUCUCUGCACGUCUGGCCCACCUCACGGGGAGUUAUGCUGUGGGUCCACCCUGCUAUCUGUUGUUUGUCUGGGGAAAGGAUAGUGUGGAGUUCGUAGGCUGCUGCAUGGUUUUUUUUUUUGGUUUUUUUUUUAAAGAGACGACACCCAGUGGAGGAGGCAAAUCCUAAGCAGCUUCUUGUGCAAAUGGCACUGACCCACUCUCGUUGGGAGUGAGCAGUGAAGGAAGAAUAUAUAGAAUAUGUAGAAGGAGAAUUAUUCAGAACUAAGUGGAAGGGGGUGGAUGAAAUGAAGUUCAUCUUGUGCUCGCAAUCAAAUGAAGCUGCUGCAUCCUUCUCCCAACGUUUGAUUUGCUGCAAACUAAUUUCUUAUCACUUUUGAGGAGGCAACAGCUGAAGCAUAACCCAGAGAGCAUAUUAUAAUGUUUACAGGACAAUGGAUCUGAAUGUCUCCAGUUGAGGCUGGAUCUGCUGAUUCUCAGAGGGCCCAAACCUUCUAAACGUUUUCUAGUUGAGUUCAGUUUGAUCAGGAGGGAUGCUGAUAUUUUUGUAGCUGAAUAUCUAACCAACUUGAGCCUGAAGUUCUAAAAGUAAAUAUUCCAAAUUAAGUACUGUGCUUCUGUGUGCCUGCCUGCUUCAUCUCCCAGCAUCGAGAGUUCAGGGGCUGCUGACGUGCAAAGUGACCAGCAGAGGGCAGAGUUGCUUGAACCUGACAACUAAUGGGCUUCCCCGUGUAACAGUGACCCAGGGCUCGGCUUCAGCGGGAGCCCUGACGGUGGGUUGCAUACAUGGUUUAUUUUUUAUACUGGCACAAUGUUAGUCGGUCCACAUCAAAUUUACAAUUACUGCAGAUUUAAUUAGCCUAAUGCUGUACUUUGGUAAUGUAUGCCAUACUCGGGUUUUGAAUGGAAAGACUGGCCUAACUCCACUGUAACCGCAGUUAGGUGGAUGUCCCUGAUGCUGUAGAUUUGAGUUGGCUUUGUGAUUUGAGUGCUGUGAUUUGAGUUGACCACAAAUAAGGCUUUAGUGUGCAUGGGAAAUUGAGGAAGUACUGUAUAAAUAUUGCACCUUAACUCCUAAUGAAUGCCU